AUUUAAAAGAUCCGAUUCAAAUGAAAAAGAAUCUGACGCCGCUUACGUCGUACAGUCAGCUGAGGAGAACAAAAUUAACACUUUAUAAAGGGCUUUUUAUUCUGUACUCGUUAUUGUAGACGGCAAACAUGCUAACCUAUCUGUUAAGCUAGGUCAUAGCAGAUACGACGUUGUAAAAUUUGUAACGGAUGGUGAAACGUUCAGCCAGGCUUCUUUUGGGGCACCUAUAACUCUGACAGGGGUCUUAUCUUGUCGACAGUAUGGCUGCCUUCAGUAGAGGCAGGCAGAGGGUGAAAACUCUCUGCUGUUUCAGGACUUUAAUACUUUCAAGAAACUUUACAGCAGGUAAAUUUGAUUAUGAUUUGGUGGUUAUUGGUGGAGGCUCUGGAGGGUUGGCAUGUUCAAAAGAAGCUGCCCAGUUAGGACAGAAAGUUGCUGUCUUGGACUAUGUUGAACCUUCACUCAAAGGCACAAAGUGGGGUCUCGGUGGCACGUGUGUGAAUGUCGGCUGUAUUCCAAAGAAGCUUAUGCAUCAGGCAGCACUGCUUGGCACUGCUGUCAAAGAUGCUAGGAAGUAUGGCUGGCAAAUCCCAGAAACCCUGUCACAUGACUGGCCAACAAUGGCUGAGGCUGUCCAGAACCAUGUUAGGUCUCUAAACUGGGGUCACAGAGUUCAACUACAAGACAAGAAGGUGAAAUAUUUAAAUAUGAAGGGCACUCUGCUGGAUAAACACACUGUCAGAGCUGUAAAUGCCCAAGGGAAGGAGAUGACAGUGACCGCCAGAAACAUUCUGUUAGCUACUGGUGGACGGCCAAAGUACCCUACACAUGUCCCAGGUGCCAUGGAGUUUGGGAUCACAAGUGAUGAUAUUUUCUGGCUCAAAGAGUCUCCCAAAAAAACGUUGAUCAUUGGUGCAAGCUAUGUAUCGCUGGAGUGUGCUGGUUUUCUUACAGGCAUUGGGCUGGACACCAGUGUAAUGGUGCGCAGUAUCGCCCUCCGCGGGUUUGAUCAGCAAAUGUCUGGUUUAGUCACAGACUACAUGGAGACGUAUGGCACGAAGUUCCACUGGAAGUGCACACCGAAAAGUGUAGAAAAGCUGCCAUCUGGCCAUCUUCAAGUCACAUGGAUGGAUUUAAACACCAAAGAGGAACAUCAAGACACAUUCAACUCAGUACUUUGGGCUGUAGGCAGAGCCCCUGAAACCAAGACUCUUAAUUUGGAAAAGGUUGGCGUGAAGAUCAACAAAGAAACAGGAAAGAUAAUCGUGGCUGCUGACGAAGCCACGUCUGUGCCGAAUAUUUUUGCUAUUGGAGACAUCGGUGAGGGUCGUCCUGAGUUGACCCCCACCGCCAUUAAGGCUGGAAAACUCCUGGCCCACAGACUGGCUGGUCGUUCCACUGAGCUCAUGAAUUACGAGAAUGUAGCUACUACAGUGUUCACACCACUAGAAUAUGGCUGUGUAGGUCUGUCUGAAGAAGAGGCAGAAAGGAGACAUGGAAAAGACCAGAUUGAGGUGUACCAUGCUUUCUACAAACCGCUGGAGUUCACUGUGGCUGAGAGAGAUGCCACUCAAUGCUAUAUAAAGGUGGUUUGUCUACGAGAAGGUGACCAGCGCGUGCUGGGUCUGCAUUUUACUGGGCCGAACGCUGGUGAAGUCACACAGGGCUUUGCUUUGGGCUUCCAGUGUGGACUUACAUACGAACACCUCAGGAACACAGUGGGGAUUCACCCCACCUGUGCUGAGGAGCUCACCAAACUCAACAUCACCAAACGCUCGGGUCUUGACGCCACGGUGACAGGCUGCUGAGGUUAAGCAUCCCCUUUCCUGAUACUGCAAGCACACGGGAGCCUGUUCGGAGGGUUGGGAUAAUGUAAGUUCUGGAGGAAGCAUCUCAUGAAAACACAGCAGGUUUUGGCAUUUGGUUAAAUGUAAAAAUUGAAGUUUUGUCCAAAUUUACCCACUCUAAACUCCUUCCAAAUAUUCCAAAAAACCUUCAUCUUUGCUACAAAAAAAAUAAUUAAAAAAAACAAUAAUUUAAACAAUUUGACUGAGUUAACCCAGACAAAAUCACUUUUUAUAAUGAACAGAUUUCAUUUUAUUUGCUCAUAAUCAUUGAUCAGCAAAUAAAAAAUGCAAAUAAAUAAAUCUCAUUGGUUCCUGUGGAAAUGCAAUCAUGACCAAAUCUAAAUCUUAUUUUAAAUUACAUUUUAAUCAAAUUACAUUUAAAAAAAAUCUGUUCACACCAAAAAUGUUAGAAGAGAUCAUAAAAUAAAUGUACAUGAUUUGAGUGGUUUAAUCCAGGUCUUUUGAAGAGACAAAAUAAUAUAAAUUACUGUAUAUAAUGAACGGAUUUAAUUUAAAGAUCAUGUUUAUGAAAAUAAUUCAUUUUAUUUGCUUAUAAUCAUUGAUCAGCAAAUAUACUGCAAAUAAAUAAACCUCAUUGGUUCCUGUGAAAAUGAAAACAUGACCAAAUCUAAAUAUUCAAAAUAAAAAUUAUGAAACUUUUUGUUAAAAUUAUAAUAAAUUAAAGUCUGUUCACCCCAAAACUGCAUAAAGAAUUGAUCAAAUAAAUGUGCAUGAUUUGAGUUGUUUAAUUCAAGUCUUUUGAAGAGACAAAAUUACUUUUAUAAUAAACAGAUUUAAAGAUCAUAUUCAUGAAAAUAUUUUGUUUUAUUUGCUUAUAAACAUUGAUCAGCAAAUAAAUAAACCACAUCGGUUCCUGUAGAAAUGAAAACAUGACCAAAUCUAAAUCUUCUAAAUAAAAUUCAGGAUAUUUUAGUCAAAUUACAUUAAAGUAAAGUCUUUUCACCCCCAAAGAAAUGUAUAAAGAAAUUUAUAUAAGAUUAUUUUACAUGAUUUGAGUGGUUUAAUCCAAGUCUUAUGGAAAGACAAAUUGACUUUAUAUAAAUAACAGAUUUAAUUUAAAGAUCAUAAUUAUGAAAAUAUUGCAUUUUAUUUGCUUAUAAACAUUAAUUAGCAAAUAUAAACUGCAAAUAAAUAAACUUCAUUGUUUACAAUUACAUUAAAAGAAAGUAUGUUCACCCUAAAAUGUAUUAAGAAUUUAUAAAAUAUAUUUACAUGACUUGAGUGGUUUAUUCCAAAUCUUUUGAUAAAAAUUACUAUAUUUAGUAGUAAAACUUUAUUGUCCUUGACAGGAGAUUUGUUUUGGGCAUCGCCAUAUUGCUGCAGACACUCACUAAAACAAGCAACUGAUUACUGAUUUUUUUUUUAAAUCACUAUAUUUAAUGAACAGAGUUAAUUUAAAGAUCAUAUUUAUGUAAAUAUUUCAUUUUAUUUGCUCAUAAUCAUUGAUCAGCAAAUAUAAAAAGCAAAUAAAUAAACCUCAUUGGUUCCUGUUGAAACGCAAACAUGAUCAAAUCUAAACGUUCUAAAAAAUGAUGAUGAUGUUUUAAUCCAAUUACAUUAAAGUCUGUUAACCCCAAACAUGUGUAAAGAAAUAAAUGUAAAUGAUUUUAGUGGUGUAUUCUAAGUCUUUUGAAGAGACAACAUCACUUUAUAUAAUGAGCAGAUUUAAUUUAAAGGUCAAAUUUCAUUUUAUUAGCUUAUAAUCAUUGAUCAGCAAAUAUAAAAUGCUAACAUCAUUUUUCCUGUGGAAACGCAAACAUGACCAAAUCUUAAUGUUCUAAAUAAAAUGGUGAUAUUUUAGUCAAAUUACAUGAAAGUCUGUUCACCCCAAAAAUGUAUAAAGAAAUUAUUUUUAAAAAUGUACUUGAUUUGAGUGGUUUAAUCCAAGUUUUUUGAAGAGACAAUAACUUUAUAUAAUGAACAGAUUUAAUUUAAACAAGUCUAUUCACCCUAUAAAUGGGUAAAGACAUUAUUUGAGUACUUUAAUCCAAGUCUUUUGUAGAGAAAAACACUAUUUAUAAUGAACAGAUUUCAUUUGAAGAUCAGAUUUAUGUUAAUAUAUGUAUAUAUUUUUUAUUUGCUUAUAAUCAUUGAUCAGCAAAUAUAAAAGGCAAAUAAAUAAACUUUGGUUCCCAAUCUAAAUAAAAAUGAUAAAACAUUAGUCAAAUUACAUUAAAUUAAAGUCUGUUCGCCCUAAAAAUGUCUAAAUUUAAUUUAAAGAUCAGAUUUAUGAAAAUGUUUGAUUUUUCUUUUGCUUAUAAACAUUGAUCGACAAACAUAAAAUGCAAAUAAAUAAGCCCCAUUGGUCCUGUGGAAACUCAAACCUGCCUCAUGAUAGUUAAGAAAGAAGAUUUAUUCUCAAGCAUAAAGCUAGUUUGUUGGAGCUUCAUGACCAAAUCUAAAUGUUCUCAAUAUUAUUUGCUGAUCAAUAUUAAAAUGUGAAUAUAAAAUGUAUAUAUUUUCAUCAUUUAAAGCUAGUCAUGUCUACAGAAGUCUUUAUUAAACUACUAAAUAAAAAUGAAUAUACAGUAUAUUUUGAAAAAAUGUAAACAUCUUGGCUGGAAAGAUUUGAAUUAAGAUACAGAAAUACCUCAGAUUUGAUUAAAUAUGUAUCUUAAUGAUGAGUAAAUAAUCACAUAAGUGUCACUUCGGAGUGAAUUAACCAUUUAAAAGCUCUUCAGAAUCUUUGUAUUUGACCUUUGAACCACAGAACCAGUGCGAGUCUUCAUUUUUCACAUCUCAAUGUCAAAUCCAAGUACUUAAAAGUAUGUCCCUUAUUACCGUGCCAGUGCAAUUUAGCAUUUUAACCCAAGUUCAGAAGAGCUUUUCACUGCAGGUCAAGAUAAUCCAAUAAGGUCCUCAUAUUUGCUUUGCACAAUUUGAGCGCAGAUGCAGGUUAGAGCAACACGAGCCGCUGCUAACAGAUAAACAUGGCCAUAAAUCAGGAUUAAAGACCCAUUACAGUUUGCUGAAAUAAGCACCGUUGGAGAAAGUGGGCCUAAUGUUUCUGAAAUAUAUUCUGCAAAUAUUGUUGUUUCUCUGGCUGUACUUCCUGUCCAUUAGUCAUGCGCCGCUCCUGACACUGAUGGAUGGGAUAGGCCAGUCGCCACACUGACACCACCCCAUUUCCCAGGGACGUAGACAAACACUCGGUGAGCAGCGCGUCACUCAAACCCAGAACCAGGUCGUGGACAGAGUGAGCGCUUGUUUAGUCCUGGACUUCAGGAGGUUCCCCAGUGCACAGAGAGUAUGCAGUAUGAUAACAUACUCUCCUGCCCCGAUGUCACUGCAUGGGGCUUAGCCGAAAAUGAGGCGUCAGUACCGCUGACUGCCUAAAGGUGGCAGUGUUGGCUUCUUUUUGUGCACAUAAUGCAAGAAUUGCAAAUCUCUGGCCUGUGUAAUCAUUACGAAUUCAAGUCACCGUUAAUCACUGGCAGAAUAGCAAGAUUAAUUGAACACUUACUGGGCGUUUAUCGCUCCAUAGGUUUAGCUUAUCUGUUGUUUGUGUACUCGGCUAAUAGCUUUGGCCUGCCGCAUGCUUUGAGUAGAGGUAAACUGCGGGAAUUCCCAAAAGUUCAAUUUAUUUUGUGACAGGAAAUCUGUGAUCUGUAUACUUUCAAAGCAGAUAAAGUACGAAAAGCUUACUGAAAUUUAGUGAUAUGUAAUGUCUGUAUAUGCAAGUAAGCAUAGAAUGGGAGAUUUUGUAUUUUUAACACCCUUUAGUUCAUGAAAAUGAAGUUUUUAUAAAUUUUUCGAUUUACUCACUCUCAUGUCAUCAAAACUCUGAUAGAGGAUCAAUUAUCAAUUGUACCGGUGGCUCUUUGUCCAUUUCAUUUCAAUGGUGACUGCUUAAAUGAGUAGUAUAUAUAUAUAUGUAGUAUAUAUAUAUAUAUAU